UUUUCACUUGUCUCUUCCACACUCUACAUGGCACCCAUCACAGCACCCGACGCGAUACAGCCGCUGUGUCGAGCCCGUGCAAUCUAUGCAUUCCAAUCAAAAGAACCAACGGCUCUGAUCUUUGAGCCAGGGGCUCUCAUUGAUGUGCUCUCCAAAGUUGAGUCAGGCUGGUGGCUCGGAAGCACUGCGAGCAGCGCACCGGGAUGGUUUCCAAAAGACUAUGUUCAAGUCAUAGAGCCGCAAAAGCCCAUGGUAAGAUUAAUUUGUUUGUUACAUCUUGCUCAUAUCCGCUUACAUUUGUGACACGUCGAACACAAAACAAACACAGAGCGACACAAAUCUCUUAAAAC